GCGUACCGACACACGCACUUAUAAUUGCGAUUUGAGGAGUUUCAGUUGUGUUAGACUCUGUUUUUCAGCGUAUGCCUGCGUCAAGACUUGAAAGAUAAAACAGGAGGCUCGCAUUCACUUCCUUUUCCAACUUUCCGUAACCAGUUCGAAGUGUGCCAUAGUAGAUUACGACAGGGCCGAGAUGAGAAGGUACCGCGUUAUGGAUGGAUUCUAUAUAAAUGAUACAAGUUACUAUUUGUGUAUAAUGCUCGCAGUUCUGCAUUAGUAAAGUGGUCAGUAAGGGAAAAUAAAUAAAGAUAUCAAAUAAAGUAAAAGAAACAAAAGUAUAUUUGAGAAAUACAAAUGAUACAUUCCUGGAUAGAAGUACAGUGCACGAAUGAGUUUCAUUUAAUUGAGUGUAGAAGAUUAUAUACAAAAGAGAUGUGUUGAGUGUGUCGUGUUUCUUUCGAACGAAUUAAUUAAUCGGAUUUGUGCAGCAAUAGUUGACUCAGUGUGAUAUGACCAUUGAAAAAAUUAAUUUAAACCUUUUCAUUUCUAUUUGAACAGUACAGCACAGAAGAAAAAGGAAGACACAAGAAACGAGGUAAAAUCGGUACAGAGUGUUCUAAUUCGUAAACCUGGUGAAGAUGACAAAUUUGAUUGCCAACUUGCCAAAGGGUCGUUUGGAUGCUUACAGACAAUGCGCAACGUUCGAUUGGAAGCUAUUGAAGCUCACUUUAGAAGGGGAGGAUUUCGUUCAGUUUCAAAACGAUCUGUGGAGCUUCAUAGGAAAGUCACCUUUGUUUCAAAAAUCUGCCACCUCGUUGGACAAGCAACGACAACUUUGCAAUGCUCGCAUCAGGGCGUUGAAAGAACACAAUGUCACGCAUCCGAUAAACCACUUGCACUGGUUUAACGUGUUGUUCCAAUACGAUGCCUCGGUACCAGUAAAAAUGGGUGUCAUGCAAGGCAUGGUACCAGCAGCGAUCUUUUCUUUGGGCACAGAAGAUCAGUAUGAGGUUGCACAAAAAAUUCAAGAUGGACAGUAUACAGCCUGCUUCGCGCUGACGGAAAUAUCUCAUGGAACGAAUGCAAAAGGCAUCAGAACCGUGGCAACGUAUGACGUGAAGUCGAAGAGCUUCAUCCUGCACACUCCUGACUUCGAGGCUGCGAAAUGUUGGUCUGGCGGUUUAGGAAAAACUGCAACGCAUGCCGUGAUCUUUGCGCAAUUGAUCACUCCAGAUCAACAGAAUCGUGGUCUCCAUGCGUUCGUCGUGCCUAUCCGUGAUCCAGAUACCCACCUUGCUUUACCUGGCGUCACUGUUGGCGAUAUGGGUGAAAAAAUUGCGUUGAAUGGAGUAGAUAACGGGUUUGUGAUGUUCAAUAAUUACCAUACUUCUCGGAAGUGUCUGUUAAAUCGGACAGCGAAGGUUACGGAGGAUGGGAAUUACGUGUCGUCUGUGAAAGACGAAAGCAAACGAUUUGGUGCAUCAUUGGGCGCCCUGUCCUCGGGUCGUGCUACAAUUACAUCGAUAUGUGCCAACUAUGCAUCUACCGCGAUAGUUAUCGCUGUGCGUUAUUGCGCUGUAAGGAAACAAUUCGGCCCAACAGAAAACGAGGAGUGGCCAGUUAUAGAAUAUCAGGCGCAGCAAUGGCGGCUGUUUCCUCACUUGGCGGCAACGUACGCCAUAAAAAUAUUUUCUGCUGCGUUUGUGCAACAGUUAUCUGACUUUCAAUACAAACUCCUAACUUCGAGUAACCAAGAAAAUAUGGACAGCGAAGGUAUGGAGAUCCACGCGUUAUCUUCCGCAGCGAAACCGGUGUGUUCGUGGACCAGUCGAGAUGUUAUUCAAGACUGCAGGGAAUCUUGUGGCGGGCACGGUUAUCUAAAAAUGUCACGCUUGGGUGACUUGAGAUCUGAAAACGAUGCGAAUUGUACUUACGAGGGCGAGAACAAUGUAUUAAUUCAGCAAGCCAGUAAUUGGUUGCUGAACCAAUGGUCGAACAUGCUCAAUGGAAAGCCUGUUAAUUCUCCUCUGGGAUCGGCUGACUUUAUACAAGAUGCCAACAAUAUUUUACAACAAAAGUUCUCACAUUCGACAUCUUCCGACACGAUGAAACCGGAAAAUUUAAUGUUGACCUUCAAAUGGCUGACGUGCUACUACUUAAAAAAAACAUACGAACAAAUACGACAGUUAAAAAACGAAGGGUUGAACGAUUUCGUAGUUAGAAACGACACACAAGUAUUUCUUGCGCAGACUUUAUCUGUAUUAUAUGGACAGCUAGCCAUUAUGGGAUACUUUAUACAGUGCAUACAGAAUUCUAUGUGGAGAUCGGAAGAACGCAAUGUGUUGACGAAGUUGUGUUCGCUUUACGGGGCAGUUGCCAUAGAAAAGAAAUUAGGGGAUUUCUAUGCGGGUGGUUACGCAUCGGUUAAUAGUAACAUGGAUAAUUUAUUACGAAACGGCAUUGUUGUUUUAUGCAAAGAAUUAGUUCAAGACGCCGUGGCUUUGGUCGAUGUUCUGGCGCCACCAGAUUUUAUCCUAAAUUCGGCGUUAGGCAUGUCCGAUGGCGAAGUAUAUAAACAUAUUCAAGAGUGGUUUUUCAAGGACAAGGGAAACCUUGAACGGCCAUUAUGGUGGAGAGAAAUAUUAAAAUCGAAUUUAUAAUAUGUACAUACGCGUAACUAAUAUUUUUAUUAUAGUUUGAAUAUUUUUAUACUAUAUUGAUGCUAUAAGACAAUAAAAAUUAUUUUACUAUAAUA